AAGCUAAUGGAGCUGCAUCCCAUCAUAAGUUCAAAGGGCAUGAACUCUUCAUCCACCCAAUUUGUCACCCCAAGUAGAUUUGGAAUUUAUGAGCCCAUUCAUCAACUUGGCACAUGGGGGGAAAACUUUAAAAGUAAUGGCAAUCCAAAUACAUCAACGCCAAUGAUCAUGGAGGUGGAUAUAAAACUAGACGCUCAGGUGCAAACUUCAGAGGAUACUUCACAUAGAACGUUCCCGCCUCCUACCAAGUACGAACAAGAAGCUAGUAAACCUUUGAAACUUCUGCAAAUACAAAGGCGUCUCGUACAAAACUGUGAGGUUGCUCGUAAAAGCCGGUUGUGGAAAAAGGCCUAUGUUCAACAACUAGAAUCUAGUAGAUUAAAGUUGGUUCAGUUGGAGCAGGAGCUUGAGCGAGUGAGACAACAGGGUUCGUAUAUAGGUGGUGGAGUAGAUGGUUUUCAGAAGGGGUUCUGUGGACCUGUAAACCCAGGAAUUGCUGCAUUUGAGAUGGAGUAUGGACACUGGGUUGAAGAGCAAACUAGGCAAAUUUGUGAACUGAGGUCUGCUUUGCAGGCCCAUAUUAGUGAUUUGGAGCUUCGCAUGCUAGUGGAGGGUGGCUUGAGCUACUAUUUUGAACUUUUCCGCAUGAAAUCUACUGCUGCAAAAGCUGAUGUUUUCUAUAUAAUGUCUGGCAUGUGGAGGACAGCAGCUGAACGUUUUUUCUUUUGGAUAGGAGGAUUUCGCCCUUCCGAGCUUCUUAAGGUUCUCGGUCCUCAUCUUGACACCUUGACUGAGUCACAAAAUAUGGAAGUUAAUAAUCUAAGACAGUCAUGCCAGCAAGCGGAAGAUGCUCUAACUCAAGGCAUGGAGAAAUUGCAGUCGACUCUUGCUGAAACUGUGGCUGCUGGUCAACUGGUAGAAGGAGGUUACAUCCCAAGGAUACCUACUGCAAUGGAGAAGUUGGAAGCUCUAGUUAGCUUUGUGAACCAGGCUGAUCAUCUUCGCCAAGAAACACUACAGCAAAUGUCUCGUAUCCUAACAACUCGCCAGGCAGCUCGAGGCUUGCUUGCACUAGGAGAGUACUUCCAACGUCUUAGAGCUUCGAGUUCAAUUUGGGCAACCCGUCCUCGUGAGCCUGCGUAAUCUUAUACCUGAAAAAAUCAACAAGCUCAAAAUCUCUGGAAGAUCAUCAUUGUCGGAACUUUGUUUCCUGAUCAGAGGUACUUCUGGACAUUGCUAUUAUAAACAUAAUAGCUGUUAUGUUUGUAAAUAUAAAUAGUCUUUUUACCUGGACAAAGUUAUGUUUGUAAUUAAAUCAAUUUUUGAUGCAUGAUGUUCAUUUUUAUCAUCUUUUAAAGAAUAUAUUUAGGGUUUAUG